ACAUAUGAGCGAUGGGCUUUUGAAACCUGCACUCCAUUGGGAAUCAAGCGAAACUCAAUACACUUAUUGUUUCGAUGUCCCGGUCCAGAAAGGAGCCAGGUUCGUCACCGCCGACUAACUUCCUUAGAAGAUAAAUCCGUUUCCCCUAUAAUCAGAAUACCUCAAGAAUCCGUGACUUUCCAACAAUCAGCUCUAUCCUCAUCAGACUCCUUGGCCUUCUCAACUGAGGGUGAUUUUUACAGUGACAAUACCACAGUCACCAAAACCUUGGCCUUACAGGAACCUUCUGAUGGGCUCGAACCCAGAAUCCGGGUAUCCAUGCGUCGGACUCAGAAUGGGCCGCUUAGCCAAAAUGGAAGGGAGGGUGAUGAGAAAUCAACACAGAGAAUACCACAGAAGUCAACCAGCCUGCUUCAGAAGAGUGGCAUUGUAAAGAGUUUUAGAAAUCUGAAUAUUGAGCUACCCGUAUUGGAUGACCAACAAUGGACUUCUUUUCACACUGGAUCCACACUGGUCGAAAAUAAAGACAGAGGAGGUAUCAGCUAUAAAAACAGAUUCACAGGAUCUCAUCAAUCCACCUCACGGGGUCUCGUUCUAAUGAAGAUGCUGUCUCCACAAAAGCGUGCCUCCUUUGCAGAUGCCAUGAAUCAACGAAAUAGACGAGAAACGACCAGAAACAGACAUGUAACUGAUAGAUUUACUCUGGUAGUUGAAGACUUUUCUUGGAGGACCGGAACGCCAGGCUUUCUGCAAAAUAGACCCGUUUUUUUUAUGGGUGAGCAACUUUAUAUUGGAUCCCAGAGGGAAUAG